GUUCUGACGCCUAGAACGAUAGACAUAAGACAAGUUCUGACACCACCUAGAUCAUGAGUUCUGACGCCUAGAACGAUAGUAGAUGAUCAAGAUUUGCACCAUUUUGAUGUUCUGACGCCUAGAACGAUAGUAGAUAAUCAAGAUUUGCACCAUUGUGAUGUUCUGACGCCUAGAACGAUAGUAGAUGAUCAAGAUUUGCACCAUUGUGAUGUUCUGACGCCUAGAGCGAUAGUAGAUGAUCAAGAUUUGCACCACAAAACGAUUUUAUUUUCUUGCCUUGGCAACGUAGACCUAGACUUUGCUUCGUGAAAAUUGUUGAUUUUGAAAAAGCAACAUGACGUCAUCUGUUACUAGCGCUCCUGGCACCGGCGAGAGUCGUGGCAAUGCGCGCGGGUCGAAGGUUGGGGCUAUGCUGCGCAGCGUCGCGCCCACAAGGAUGUUACGCAGGCUAAAUCGAGUCGGAAGCGCUGUGUUACAACGCGCUUCAAGCACGACUAGCUCGCUAGUUAUCACUUCUGGUGAAGAUGAUUCUUCACAGAAAGCAGAUAUUAAGGAGCAAGGGUCUGGGUCUGGCGUAUCGACGCAGCGGACAAACCAGUCAGGAGGUGCAGCUGGGGUGAAAGAAAAUAGAGGCGAAGGCGAAGCUGCGCCAAUGAAAGCUGCAAGAAGAGGAAACACUGGACUUGGCGGAGGAAAAAACUUGAAUAACGCGAACGGAUUCGAAAUGACUGGAAAGCAAGGGUCCUCUAAAACUAGAGGGACUGUGGAGGUCUCGGCUUCCUCUAAAGAGACUGUGGAGGUCUCAUCAAAGGUGUCCGGAGCUGCAACCUGUAAGCAGGAUCUUGAAGAGACCCAGGAUCUUGAAGAGACCCCUGGAGGAGAUGAACAAGGCCCACUAGUAAGAUCUUCAAGAGACCAGCAGGAGGUGGACGGACCCACAACUGUUGUUGAGCGCUUAUGGCAGGUUGAGCAUGGUGUCGAUGUCAUGAUCGACCAACUAGGCUUCGUACCUCGUAAAGUGGUGCAAUUCGCGGAAAAAAAGGCCCAUAAUGCCCCAGACAGUAUUGCUAAUGGAGUCGCCUAUGUGACUGGGUCGGAUCACUUAGCUGGCCUGGUCCGCAUCUGGGACAUCGAUUCGCCGUUUUUGCUCAUUUUUUCCGGAGUCUGCGUUGCAGUGCACUUAUUCGCAGGUGAGGAGGCUCUCUACAAAUAUUUCAUUCAGUAUCCAGCAAGCUAUUGGGACUCCAAAGAUUGGCUCUCGUGGUUUCGCAUCGUGGGUCAGACAUUUGGGCAUGGGGACCGUAACCAUUUGGCUCAAAAUAUGACCAAUUUGUUCCUCGUAGGUCCUGCGUGCGAGCACCAAUUUGGUGCUUGGAACUUGGUCAAGUUUUGGCUGUACAUUUGCGUUUUCUCGAGUUUGUGGCACAUGAGGUUCGGCGCAGCGGACGCAGCGCAACUUGGUUGUUCGGGGCUUGUCUACGGUUUCAUUUUCCUGAACUCUCUACUCUGCCUAAAAGCUGGCCGCAUCCCGUUGACUUUUAUCAUUCAAAUCGUAGUGUGGUGUCCGAGACCGGAAGAGAUCUAUCCCGGAGUAACUCGAGACGUCGCUCAGUUUGUGCUGAGAGAGCUGAAUCAACCGAGGUAUGCAGAAGCAGUCGCCGGUCUGACGUGGAUCACACAGCCUUUAGAGGCUUUGGCGCGCGCACCGGGACCGGGGUCCGCUGGCGGAGCGGUGACAACGAGUCACGGUGCCCAUGCAGUAGGCGCUUUGGCUGGAGCGCUGUUAGGCUACCACAUGCACCACGAGAAACUGCACCACACAGCCAGACACAUCGUCGCCGUGUGGCAUCGAAAAGUGGAAAAGCACAGACAAAUUCGCGACCAAGAACGAGCCCGCGUACUGGAAGAACUACGAGAAGUAACAAAAAACCGAAGGGGAUGUGAAAUAGAAG